AUGGACCCGUUCUACCAAUUGGAACCCACUCAGAGACAACAUGUUAUAAAUGAAGAGCCACUUCCUGAUGACUUGUCAUCUGCAACUGCUGAAAUGGAUGUUGUGGUUUCAAAUCAGGAGACAGUUAGGAAGCUUAAGGCAGAUGAUCUGAAUUCUUUCAUUAAAACUACCCCUGAAGACCACUUCAACAGAGGAAACAGAAAUGAGAGAUUGAACACCCUUUUGAAAGAUAUUGAUUUGGAACCAUUCAGUUUUCCAUAUUUACUCUGGCAAACCUACACAGCAAAGACAAAACAUAUAUACUUCAAAGGAAUGCAGAACAUGUUGGCAAGAGUUGCAGAAAUUAUGUUUGACAAUGAAAAGGAGACGGUGGUGAAGGAAUUCUAUAGAGAAAUAGGCAAUUCAGAUCCAGUUGAUGUCUCAUUAGCUGUGUGUGAUGAUACUACAGAUGCUCUUAUUGAGUCCUACAAGAAAACUGAUUCUUGGCAGAUAAAACGACAGAUUUUGUCAGUACUCUGUGUGUCCAGAACUUACCAGGAAAUGAAGAUUUUGAUUCCUGAUGUCAUCGAGUACAGGUAUGACUAG